AUGUCUAAUACAAACUAAGGUUUAUUAAAUCCAAAAUACUCAUAUUAGUUAUUUCAAUAUAAACCAUUUAAAAAAACUUAAAAUGAUACAUACAUUUCUUAUCUUGAUUAAAAUGAGAAUACUGCUAGAAUCUUAUAGUCUCAUACAAUUAGUAUGAGCUAACAAUAAAACCAAUACCAUUCUGUGGAAGAAGAAGGAGAAGAAGAAUCAAGUUAGAUAACUUUUCAAUGUUUCUUUGGUUGUUGUAAUGAAAUAAUUUCUAAAUUAUUAUGUAUUGCUUUAGGUGUGUUUUUCUUUAAGUAUAGUGGCCCAUAAUUUGAUAACUUCUGUCCUAGUGAACGUUUAAGGAAAUGGAGCUUAAGCUUAAGUUUUGUUUUUUAUUAGUUGUGGAAUUUCAAUUAUAAAAAUUGUGGAAAUAUUCUGCUCGAAAAAAUAAAGUGUAGCUACAUGCUUAGAAAUUUGUAAUCUAAUAACAUUAAUAAUUCACAUAAUUGCCCUGGAUACGUAUUCUUCCAGUGA